AUGGACCCUCUAGCGAUAAAUAUUUCCAUGAUGACAACAGCCCAAUCCGAGAUUGCGGCCGAUCUGGAUGCUUUUGACCAAGCAACGUGGUUUACUUCUGCAUAUCUGAUCGCUGCAUCCAGCGUCACCCCAUUGACUGGGCGGCUUGCAGAGAUAUUUACACCCCGGCUCUAUGUCAUCUUUGCGAGCACUACUCUGGCCAUUGGCUUGUUCAUUACCGCUGCAGCACCCACCCUGACCGUCUUCCUCUUGGGCCGCGCAGUUGCGGGUAUUGGGAGCGGCGGAUUGAUGAGCAUUGCCAUCAUUCUGGCCGUAGAUCUCGCCUCUCCGAAACGCCGAGGGCUCUGCAUUGGCAUGAUCAAUGCCGGAUACACCACGGGUCUUGCUUCUGGUGCGGUUCUGGCAGGGUUGAUGACUUCUUCCUUGGGUUGGCGUCUCAUAUUCUGGGUUCAAGCACCGGCCGCAUUAUUACUGGGCCCGUUACUGUUCCUGGCAAUUCCAGCUUCUUCAGGUGGUCGUGCGCCAUUGAAUACGCGGUCGCUUCUACGUAGUCUGGCUCGAGUGGACUAUGCAGGCGCUUUAGCAUUGUCACUUUCCGUCGUUCUGCUCCUCUCAAGUCUGGCAUCUCCCGAGAUUCUCAUAUGGCCUCUUCCGCUCUCUGUGGUGUGCUUCGUGGUAUUCAUCUUAGUUGAAUCGCGGUGGACGGCAGAGCCUGUCAUUCCAGUCCGGUUACUGCGAUCGAGAAGUGUCCUAAUGACCUGCCUUGCAGGACUUGGACUGAUGAUGGCUCGCUGGGCUGUCUUAUUCUAUACACCUGUUUAUGCUAUGGCUGUCCGGGGCUGGUCUCCCGCAUCCGCUGGUCUUAUUCUGGUGCCAACCAACGCUGGGUUUGGAACUGGCGGACUGCUUGUUGGAUGGUUACAUAUUCGCAAAUCGACUAGCUACUAUGCCUCAUGCCUAAUAAUAUUCGUUCUAUUCGCCGUGGCAACAUCAGCACUUUCUGUUCUCUCAACACCAGAUUCUCCUACCUGGUUGUAUGUUACGACCACGUUCUUUAACGGGCUGUUCGCCGGGUCCUUAAUGAACUAUACUCUGUCGCAUAUACUGCACCUCACAAGUCCCCAUGUGCAUUACAUCGUUAGCUCAUUGAUUGCUAUGUCUCGAGGGUUCGCCGGUAGCUUUGGAUCAGCCGUGGGAGGUGGGUUCUUCACCCGAAUUCUCAAAACCUCGCUGGAGGAUGGUUUUGCCCAGCAUGAUCUGCCCUCACGGCCAGACUUGAUUCGGACUUUGCUCGGCAGUCCUGCCACAGUCAUGCGGUUGACUGGUGCAGAGCGGUUAGUUGCCAUUCAAAGCUACGAACAUGCGAUUCGUAUGCUUUUCUUGGGGGGCAGCUUGGUGGCAUUGACGGCUACUGCAUUCCAGGCGGCCACUGGGUGGACCUCGGAAGUUGAUAAAAAAGGCGAUCCCGAACGGGACGUUUAA